UGAACUCCUGCAUGGAUGAUAACUCGCCACUCACGGAAUUCACCCCCACGCAGGUGAUUUGACUUUCCCCCCCAAACAAGGACAAGAAGGCGGAGGAGGGAGGAAGCCCAGGUGGCCCCGGAAUCGGACAUGGGACCGCACGCCGCGCGGGAGGGCUCGCUGGUGGGAGGCGGAAGAAGGCGUUCCUGAAGAAGACGCGGGAGUUUAUGGUUAUUUUUUUUUUUUUGCUGUAGUAUUUUUGUUGUUGUUGUUGUUGUUGUUUCUUAAUUAGGGAAGUUGGGGGCGAGGGUGGGCGAGUUGUGGCUUUUUUUUUUUGACGCGGCGGAACGAUGCGCCCCGACCGCCGCUUCAUCCUGCUGCUCCUCAACGGAACUGCUUGUUUGGUGGCCCUGAGCCAGGAGGACGACUCCUCCAGCCCAAAGAGCUCCUCAAGAGACUCCUCAAAGACAGUGGGUCUCCUGAGCGGCCAGGCUCCCCUGUCGCCUCUCAGCCGCUGGAUGCUUCACGGUAGAAGCCGGGCUGCCAACGCCACCUCUAUGGAGCUGCCCUACCGUUCGCCGGUGGCUUUCUCCAAGCAGGAGUUUUCCAAACAGGAGUUCUGGGAAAUGCUGGGCAGCGACCUGCUAAAAGCCGACGCCUCGGGCUCCAGGGUCAAGCGGAGGCCCAUCGUCAAAACCGGCAAGUUCAAGAAAAUGUUCGGCUGGGGAGAUUUCUACUCAAACAUCAAGACGGUGCGGCUGAACCUGCUCAUCACCGGCAAGAUCGUAGACCACGGUAACGGCACGUUUAGCGUCUACUUCCGCCACAACUCCACGGGGCAGGGCAACAUCUCAGUCAGCCUGGUGCCUCCGGUCAAGGCGGUGGAGUUUGAUCUGGAGCGCCAGAGCGUGGUCUACCCAAAGGACUCCAAGAUCUUCAACUGCCGCGUGGACUAUGAGAAAGUGGACCGCAGCAAGCGCACCUCGCUUUGCAACUACGACCCAUCCAAGACCUGCUUCCAGGAGCAGAUCCAGAGCCACGUGUCCUGGAUUUGCUCAAAGCCUUUUAAAGUCAUCUGCAUCUACAUUUCCUUUUACAGCACGGACUACCGCCUCGUGCAAAAGGUCUGCCCGGACUACAACUACCACAACGAGAUGCCCUACUUGCCGUCGGGCUAG